GAUACAUAUUUUCUGCUUGAUGUAAAAACAUCCAUCCGAAACUAACAACCUGCUUCUAAAGGUUAAAAUUAGUUUUAUUAGUGUUUAUUUUUUAUUAAAAGAUGUUUUAUGUUUGUCAGUAGAAAGUGGACGACGACUCGGCUGGAGGACAAACACAACGAUGUUGAGUGACAACGUACAGAAACAAACAGAGCAGCAGCCUCAUUCACGUCAGCGGGAAGAAGAGAAAGUUUCUUUGAGUCGUACAGUUUCCUCUUUUUAAACCGAAGCCUUAACACCAGCAACGUGUCGUAUGUAGCGUAACCAUACCCCCCACUCGCACAUACACACAUGACUCGACUGGGGCCUUUUCACUGAACAAAAGCAGCACACAUCCGUUUGUGUGUGUGAGAAUAGGACGAGUGGAAGAGGCUCUCUGGAGGCUGCACCUGUCCUAUUUUAUGAGGCUCUAAUAAGCAGAUAACGGGAUGGAAAAAAAAAGAGCGUCCACCGACUCCACCUUCUCCUUAUUUGACAGAAAUUAAUUAGAUCCUAUGUUGAGGUCACGGUUUUGCACUAACGACCAUUUAGGCCCCUUUUGAAUAUUAAGUUAUUAAAGGGUCGUUAUGGUGUUUUACUUGUGAUUUAUUCAGUUUAACGUCAAAAUGAAUUUCUGUUUUUUAGUCGUCUUGUCCUUUCACCCGUUCCAGCAGCUUUCUCCUUCCUGUAGGACUCUGAGCAGAUGCACAUCCCUGUUUUAACAAACUGUGACUGUGCACGUUGUCUCGUGGCAUGUCGCUGCCGCCCUGUCCCACCCGUGCUCCCAGGUGGCUGCACGUUGUGUGUCGGCGAGCAGCGGCAUCAGCGCCUGCGCAGUGCCGGAGAGAGUCCUCCCUUUGCUAUCCAUGGUGUGCUCUCAGGCACUCCAUCAGAGCCCUCCCAGCCUCGGGCUUUGCACUUUUACUUCCCCCCCUUUGUGACCGUUCCCUCUUCUCCCAGGCACACCAAAACUAAGCAAAAGAGUGAGCGAAAAGAGGUGAAAACGCCCAUUAAUAAAUCCACACUUGUGCCGUUUGUAGCAUGUUUCGAUACAUGUUCGAGCACAUGACGCGUCGGCCGUGUGGCAGAGUUGUCACGAACACGGUGUAAUGGUGGAACGGGGUGGUGAGGGAAUGUGGCAACAAGUUUCUGAGGGACGUGAAGCCGCAGUUAGAAUCAGCAGCAGAGGUUGUGUAUGUUUGUCUGGAGCUGGGAGGUGUAUAAAACUUAAAUUAAAUGCCAUAAUGGAAGAUGGGGAGGCCACAGUGUUGGGACUGUGUAGAUCUAAGCCUCUUUUUUUUUCGUUGGGAGGGAGCUUUUCUUAUUCAAAACAGCCCCACAAAAGACUUCCAGUGAGCCUUGCCACAUCCCCAUCUGACUUGGGGCCAUUCAUCAGCCUUCCAAGCCUAUCAAUGACAUGUCCCCAUCAGGGCUCCUAUAAAAUCAGCCCCUUUCCCAUGAAACAUCAGCAAACAUUUUGACGGGUCUGGCUUUCCCCCCGCUGGAUUUCUGGAGUCUCUUACCCCCCACCACCCUCUUUCCUCCCUUAUUCCCACCUCCCCCCUCUCCUCCGCCAACACCACCCCUCUCUGGGCGAACCUCAGAUCCUCAACAUCUCCUGUGACGGGCAGUGGUCACGGAAACACUGAGCGAGACCAGGGGAGAGCCGCCGAGGAGGGGGAAGCGUGCACUAAGCCAUUUUCUUGGAGGAGCAGAGCGUUGUUGAUGGGAAGAGGAUGCAUUGCGGGCUGCUGGAGGAGCCUGAUAUGGAUUCCACAGAGAGUUGGAUUGAAAGAUGCCUCAACGAGAGCGAGAGCAAGCGAUACUCGAGUCACACGUCUCUGGGGAACAUGUCCAACGAUGAACAUGAAGAAAAAGAAAAUAACAGAGCCUCUAAACCACAUUCGACACCAGCUACUCUGGAAUGGCUAGAGGAGAACUAUGAGAUAGCCGAAGGUGUGUGUAUCCCCCGAAGUGCCCUGUACAUGCACUACUUAGACUUCAGUGAGAAGCAGGACACACAGCCUGUGAACGCAGCCAGUUUUGGAAAGAUCAUAAGGCAACAGUUUCCAGCGUUAACUACCAGAAGACUGGGGACGAGAGGGCAGUCCAAGUACCACUACUACGGCAUCGCGGUGAAGGAGUCCUCUCAGUACUAUGACGUGAUGUACUCCAAGAAGGGAGCGGCGUGGGUGAACGAGACGGGGAAGAAAGAGGUCACCAAGCAGACAGUGGCGUAUUCACCGCGCUCCAAACUCGGGACGCUCCUGCCAGAGUUUCCAAAUGUCAAAGACCUAAAUUUGCCUGCCAGCCUGCCAGAAGAGAGGGUGUCAACCUUCAUCAUGAUGUACAGAACGCACUGUCAGAGGAUACUGGACACUGUGAUUCGAGCCAACUUCGACGAGGUCCAAAGCUUCCUGCUGCACUUCUGGCAGGGCAUGCCCCCCCACAUGCUCCCUGUUCUCGGCUCCGCCACGGUGGUGAACAUAGUCGGUGUUUGUGACUCCAUCCUCUAUAAGGCCAUCUCUGGGGUGCUGAUGCCCACCGUCCUGCAAGCACUGCCUGAUAGUUUGACUCAGGUUAUUCGAAAAUUUGCCAAACAGCUCGAUGAGUGGCUUAAAAUAGCACUUCAUGACCUUCCUGAAAACCUGAGAAGCAUCAAAUUUGAAUUAUCGAGGAGAUUUUCUCAGAUUCUAAAGCGACAAACAUCGUUAAACCAUCUCUGUCAGGCGUCGCGGACUGUGAUAAACAGCGCCGACAUCACCUUUCAAAUGCUGGAGGACUGGAGGAAUGUGGACUUGAACAGCAUCACCAAGCAGACACUUUACACCAUGGAGGACUCACAAGAGGAGCACAGGCAGCUCAUUAUCCAUUUGUAUCAGGAGUUCGACCGCCUGCUGGAGGAGCAGUCUCCGAUCGAGGCGUACAUCGAGUGGCUGGACACCAUGGUGGACCGCUGUGUCGUCAAGGUGGCAGGGAAGAGGCCCGGCUGCCUGAAGAAGGUGGCCCAGCAGUUCCUGCUGAUGUGGUCGUGUUUCGGUACCAGAGUGAUCCGGGAUAUGACCCUCCACAGCGCGCCAAGCUUCGGCUCCUUCCACCUGAUCCACCUCAUGUUUGAUGAUUAUGUUCUUUACCUGCUGGAGUCGCUGCACUGCCAGGAGAGAUCCAACGACCUCAUGAGGGCCAUGAAGAGUGAGGGCAGCACAGCAGAGAGAGAGGAGGAGUUCCCGGUGACAGAAACCACUCCCACCUCCCCAUCCCCAGGAUCCUUCUCUCCUGCUCGCUCCGUCCACUCUGUGGGCGUCUCCUCCACCAGCUCCCCCACAGCGGCCGUGUCUCCAGAGUACACCGGAGUCCCUACCACCACAGGCGCUGUUCAGUCAUAUACCUGGUCCCUUACAUACACAGUGACAACAGCAGGCGGCUCCGCUCCAGAGGCCGGACAGCAGCUGUCCUGUAUGAGGAACAGCGCUCCAGUCCCUCCUCCCUCCUCCGCACACCGGUUGCCAGUGUACACCCACAGAGAGGAGCAUGGGUAUACUGGCAGCUACAACUAUGGCAGCUACGCCAACCAGCAUCCUCACUCUAUCCAGAGCCAGUACCCGAGUCUGGCCCAUGAGCCGGCGCUCCCCGCCCCCCUCCACUACUCCGCCUACCACCGCUCAUCUGCACAGUACCAACUCAACGGUCAGAUGUCUCGGAUGGAGCCUUGCUUGAUGGGCAGUACUCCUCGGUUGCACCCCACACCUGUGGCCUCUCGGUGGCCGGAUGUGUCACCGACCAACAGCUGUUACACCAGCCCACCUAUGCAUUCAUCCCGCUAUGCCACCUCUGGGGACAUGUACUCCCCCCUGGGCCCACGCAGGAACUCAGAGUACGAACACUCGCAGCAUUUCCCCGGCUUCGCCUAUAUCAAUGGAGAGGCCACCACAGGCUGGGCUAAAUAGCCUUCAAACACUGAAUUGCUAUGUACAAGCUCCAGACCUGCCACACAGGUGGAUGCAAAGUCUCUGGACACUUCCAAUCAAGUACACGAAGGAGGAGCAGAGAGUGGAGAGUACCAAUGCAAGGUAAAAAGGAAUCAUGGUGUGGACGUACAGACAAUUUGAAAAGACUCAUUCCGUCAAUCACGCUGAUGAUUUCGGUGUUUGUCAAAACUUUCUUCAGCCAGCGAUGGAUGAAAACCAUUAAAUCAUACAGAUUGUCAAAACUUGCAGCAAAAUCAUUUUGACAGUGCAAUGCUGCUGCCAAGCUGUGCCUUUGUUUUUAGGAAUGUACACCUCUGCCCUCGUCGGUCUCACAAGUCACCGCGAACACAUCCUCCCACCAGCCGUCAGUCAGUUACCUCUCUGACUGAUGGACCAGUGUGUUGUAAUCUGUUACUGACACCAGUACAAUCUCAGUGACACCCCUGUCUCUUGUUUCUCAGCCCUGUGUAGCGUCGUGUCGUGAACUCACUGCAGCAGAUAAAUGAUGAACUGCACUGCCUUAACGUUCUCAUGGGACACCGGUAUCAAACAGUGGCACAAAGCUAGAACUUAACAAGUGACAGAUAGAAACUCAUGAGAGACCUUGAUCAGCGUGUGAAGGUGUCUUCAUCUUGGAUAGUGUUUUUAAUGAUUGAAUGCUGUGACUCAGAAACAACUGUGUGAGUUUGUUUUGUCGCAAGCUUUUCUGCUGUUUUCCUGUGACCACAUAUAUAUACAUAUACAUAUAUGUACAUAUAAAUGUAUAUGUAUAUAUAUAUAUAUAUAUAUUUGAGUAUGUAUUUUCUGUAACUUUGUAACAUGGUUUAUUCUUUAUUUUCUAUGUUACAACUGGUACUUUGUUCUCUGUUUUGUAUGGUUAGUAGAGGACGCAUUAACCAUUAAUUAGGGUUGUGUGUUUUUAUAAUGCACUCAAAGCAACUGAGGACCUAUUACCCUAUGGGUAUUUAUAAAAAGGGAAAAUAUCAAAGUGUACAGUAACAUGAAUUCUAGUCACUUUCUUCUGUAAAUAAAAGCACUGGAAACCAUUUGUGGUGACUGUUAAACUAUCACAGUCGAAACUGAUGUGUAUGUGGGAAAGAUGUUGCCACAUAAAUAAUUUCACAAUCUAAA